ACCCGGAUGGGAAAAGAAACCUUAGCAGAGUUUCGUUUCGUUUUUGCAUUUGCAAAGGAAGUGCUGCUUGGGCGGAGGCAACGGUAGCGCUGGCAUGAUCAUCAUCAUCAGCAAGCAAACGAAUGGGGCGUGGGGAUCCUCUUCUGCAAGCCGCCGGAAAAGACUCUCUCUCAUUUCCCCGAAAUGACGUUGCGCUCCGGGGAGGGGUUAGAUCCGUGCGGAGGUGAAGCCCGCUCGCAGGCAAAAAGAGGUUGAGCUUUGUUUACGAAUAGCAGCUGAGCGGCUCCCGCCCUCGCCAGUCUGUAUAGGCACCGCCAAGCGGGAAGACAUUCCGCAUGCAGACUUCGUAGAGUUUUCUGCAGUCCAGGAUGGAUCCCUUGAGCUUUCCAGAUCCCAUCAGUUACGCAGAAUUCAUGAAAGCACAAGGAAAUCAAGACUUCAAAAAUGGGAACUAUUCUUUGGCCAUCAAAAGAUAUGAUGAAGCAAUAAGUGUACAAGUUUAUUUAUGCCAAAUAGGAAGGGGUUAUCCACAAGACGUGGCAGUUUUACUAUGCAAUAAAUCAAAUGCCUUUUACAACCUAAAUAAAUGGAGAGAAGCCUUGUUCUCGGCACAGGAGAGCCUCCAAUGGGAUCCAACUUAUGUUAAGGGCUACUACAGAGUGGGUUACUCUCUGAUUAAAUUGUCAAAACAUUUAGAUGCAGCUUCAGUGUUUCACAAAGGUUUGUGCAUUCUUCAUUCUUCAUCAGGCUCAUCAUCUCAAAUUCCUGAUUUUAUAGUUGGCAUCCUUGCAAGCAUUAACAAUGUAAGUUCCAUUGACACACGGCUUUUAUCCAUCUGUAUGACAGUUGUGUAUGAGAAUUACAGUCCAGCAAUUUGGCAAGAGGUAGUUGAAAAGCUGGCCAAGAAAGGACUGUGGCAGUCCUGCUUUCUGUUGGCAGCCGAGAAAGACAGGUUGCCAAAAAGUCUUCGAGUCACCAAUUUAUCACUGAAAGAUCUGUUUGAGAAAUAUGUGUUUUUUGGCCAAUAUGAGAGAAUGGAAAGGGUACCCAAAUUAGUGGAGUGGCUGAUCUCCAUUGGAGCAAACAUAAGGAGUGUUGGCGCCUAUCCCCUUCAUGCUGUCAUCAAACUUUGUAUGAAAGCAAAAGGAAACCACCUUUUCAGAUGGUUGUUGGAUCAUAAGCCUGAACUGAAGGAGUUCAUCAACCAGCAAAAUGAGGAUGGGUCCACUGUUCUUCAUGUUGUAGCAUCCCAAUCCAGUGGAUAUUCUUUGAAAAAUCAGAUAGAAGCUGUGGUGAUGCUUCUAAAUGCUGGGGUGGAUCCAAGGAUUUGUGAUGCGCAGUCGAGGUCUGCCAUGGAUAUCUUGAAAAAGAACAAGCAAUUCAAGGUCAUCGAUGUAAUCAACAAGCAUCUAGACAGAUGCAUGCCAUGCUCAAAGGAGUCACCAGUUACAGGGCAGAAUGAAAGCGAAGCUUCUGAAGAUAAUGGUGUAUUGCUUCAAGAUGCUUUUGACCGUUUUGUGCGCUUUUGUUUGGAAAGCAGAGCACAUCGUAACAGUCUGUUGAAGCAUGAAGAAAUGAAGCAGCUUCUGAGAUUGCUGUCUACAGUAAGAGACAUUCCUGAAGAAAUAGUCUGUGACAUUCCUCCUGCCUGUGCCAGCAGCUUCAUAAAGCUGUUGCUGGAGAAGCAAAUGUGGCAUGAAGUUCUGUUGUUGCUUACCCGGAAGGCUACAGGGCAGAUGACGUCAGGAGAUGGUGUCAUUAAAAACUGCAAUCUUUCAGAUCUUGACAUUGGCACCAUCCUGAAAUGCACUGACAAAUCGAAUAAAGCACGAAUACAACUCAUAAGAUGCUUGAUAGAGAGAGGAGCAUCACCGGAGGGGACUCAAACCACCUCUGAAAAGCCACUUAAGCAGUGCUUAAAAAAUGAUGAUUUUGAGUUGGCAUAUUUGUUGCUGAGCAAUGGCGCAGAUCCUUGUUGUCUGUCAAUUGUGGAAGGCGAUACUCCUUUACAUGCUGCAUUGUCCAUUUGUUUUGAUAAAAAAGAUAACACUGGCUUACAGUUCUUGAACUACCUUCUAGAGUUGUACGCUUCAAAUCCAUCCAUGUUUCCACAUCUUAAUCCUAAUAGCCAAGAUAAGAAUGGGAAUACAGUAAUGCACAUUAUUUUUCAGAAAAAUCUCCUGACCAAGCAGGUUAAGAAAAUGCUAAGUUCACUAGCAAAGUUUGACAUUAACUUUAAUUUGAAAAAUAAUUUUGGGAGAGAUGUGCGUUACAGAAAAAAGAAGAAUGAUCCCACGCUUAUAGCUUGGAAUGAAGCUGUGAGUGAGAACAAGAGAAAACAUCGACAUGAUGCAACGGGGCAGCUAGUCAAGCCAAAGUCCGCUUCUGCUUGCACCAAGUCUCAGCCAAAAACUUCCUCAUCUGCACCUUCAUCAAAACUGCCAUCUGCAAAACUGCCAUCUGGCAAGGAGACAAAAGGAGAACAUGAUAUCCAUAUUCAGGAAGAGGCAAAGGAUGCUGGAAUGAAAAGCAUUAUAUUUAGGGACCAUAAUAAGCCAUUGACUCUUCGAGAAUGUCUUGUGCAAGGAAUUGCACAGUUAAUUCAAAAUCUUGCACUGGGUGAAGUCUCAUUAAAAAUGAAUUCAAUGACCUCCCAGGUACUAAAGCCACAACUGUCAGCAGCUAAAACCGGAAUUGAAGAGACCAAAUCUCAACAGAGCUGUGGUUGUGAGGGUUUGGAUUAUAAUGCUAGAAAGGAUGCAGCUCUCCACCAAGAGGACUCCAUAGAGGAGGCCUGUGGUGAGCUCAGCUUGUGUACAGGAGAAGAAACCACUGAAGAUGAGGGGCUGUUUCAGGAGAUUGAGGCGUAUAUGCAGGAUUUUGAUAACAUGACAUGGGAAAUUGAGUGCACAUCUGAAAUGCUGAAGAAGUUGGGAAACAAGAGCAUCCCUCAUUAUAUGAAGAAGAAAAUCAUAUUUGUAAUUCAGCAGCUAGGAAAUGGAGAAUGGACACAGGGUCUACAAAAACGGCUGAAACAUUUGAAAGGGGACAUUCAGCUCUAUGAAGCAAAGCUCGACAAAGGAGCAAGGAUGCUCUGGGAGCUUGCGAUAGACUUUUCUCCCCGUUGCAGUGAGAAUGCAGAGAAGAUAAUAGAGAACGAGCAUUCUACUCAUCCCAAGGACAAAAGUGGGAGAGUUUACACAGAAAUCAUUCGGAUAUGGGACAUUAUACUAGAUCACAACAAACUCAACCAUGCUAUAGAUACUAUAUGUGUUGCAUACAAUCGUGGGCUUUCUUGCAUCUUGAGAAAAAAGCUCAAAGGUGUAAAUUCAGCUCUGAUUUCUUCUAACUUAAAAACACAAAAGCGCAUUCCACGCAUUUAUAUUGAAGACACAAAAGCAGAAAAGCCCAAAGAUCAUGCCAUACCUGAAUAUUUCCCCCCAGCAAGUGCAGUAGAAACCGAAUACAACAUAAUGAAAUUUCACAGUUUCAGUACUAACAUGGCACUUAAUAUAAUCAAUGAUAUGACUUCUGAUGUUGAAUACCCCUUUAGAGUGGGUGAGUUAGAGUAUGCAGUCAUUGACCUGAACCCCAAGCCUUUGGAGCCAAUAAUCUUAAUUGGACGGAGUGGAACAGGAAAGACUACUUGUUGCUUAUACAGACUGUGGAAGAAAUUUCAUUCUUACUGGGAGAAAGCAGAGUUGGCAGGAGGCCCAUUGCUGGUCAGGCAAAUAUGGCACAGACUAAAAUUCGAUAUGCGGUUGGGAAACCAAAGCACAGAGGAGGAAGAUCAAGAUGAAAAACAAGACUACAGUGACUCCAUUGAUUUGGAUGAACUAGAAACAUCUGUAAGUACAGAAGAUGAACAAGAACAAGAUGGGGAUGAACAGAAUUCUUCAAUCUUAGGCAACCCAGACUGUGAGGAGAAUGAGGAACCUAUUACAGAAGAUCCUGACAAAUUGGAGCACUUGCAUCAGAUCUUUGUUACUAAAAAUCAUGUUCUUUGCCAAGAAGUUCAGAGGAACUUCAUUGAGCUUAGUAAAUCUUCCAAAGCAACUAGUCAUUUCAAGCCACUUGAAGCAAAUGUUUACAGACUUCAGGAUGUUAAAGAUGAAAAUUUCCCCCUCUUCCUUACAUCCAAACAGUUGUUACUCCUACUUGAUGCCUCUAUGCCAGAACCAUUUUUUCUUAGGAAUGAAGAUGGAAGUCUCAAGUACGCCAUUGCUGGCUGGUCCACUAAAGAAGAUCUGGUUAUCGCAAAUUGGCAAGAAGAGGAGGAGGAAGUUGAUGUAGAAUUAGAUUAUGAUGAGAAUGAAAAGGUUGUAGAAGUUCAUGCAAGAGAAAGUGAUCCUCGGAUCUUUGUGACAUACAGUGUGUUUGCUAAUGAAAUCUGGCCCAAAAUGGUAAAAGGCAAAUGUCCCUACAACCCAGCCUUGGUUUGGAAAGAAAUAAAAUCUUUUUUGAAAGGAUCUUUUGAGGCAUUGAGCAGCCCUGAAGGCAUACUUACAGAAGAAGAGUACAAAAAGCUAGGCCGAAAAAGGUCUCCAAACUUCAAAGAAGAUCGUAGUGAAAUUUAUCAACUUUUCUGUCUUUAUCAGCAAAUAAGAUCACAAAGAGGCUAUUUUGAUGAGGAAGAUGUCUUGUACAAGCUGUCUCAAAGGCUCUCAAAGCUUGAUGAUCUACCUUGGUGCAUCCAUGAGCUUUAUGGAGAUGAAAUUCAAGAUUUCACUCAGGCCGAGUUGGCGUUACUAAUGAAAUGUAUUGACGACCCCAAUGCAAUGUUCCUGACUGGUGACACUGCACAGAGCAUCAUGAAAGGAGUUGCUUUUCGUUUCAGUGACCUAAGAUCACUUUUCCACUACGCCAGUAAAAACUCUACUGACAAACAACGUGGUGUUAGAAAACCAAAAAGGAUAUAUCAGCUUUAUCAGAACUACAGAUCUCAUUCAGGGAUUCUCCACUUAGCCUCUGGAGUUGUUGAUUUACUUCAGUACUAUUUCCCAGAAUCUUUUGAUCGUCUUCCUAGGGAUUCAGGUCUCUUUGAUGGACCUAAACCCACUGUGUUGGAAUCUUGCAGUAUUAGCGAUCUGGCAAUUUUGUUGAGAGGGAACAAAAGGAAAACACAACCAAUAGAAUUUGGAGCACAUCAGGUGAUAUUGGUAGCAAAUGAAAUGGCAAAGGACAAGAUUCCUGAAGAACUUAGUUUGGCUCUUGUGCUGACAAUUUAUGAAGCAAAAGGCUUGGAAUUUGAUGAUGUACUCCUUUACAACUUUUUCACAGAUUCAGAUGCUUACAAAGAAUGGAAAAUAAUUUCCUCUUUCACAUCCCCCUCCCAUUUGCCUGAUGAAAACAAGCUGAUCAUUGAAACACCCUUGGAAAAAGAUGUUGAUGCUCAAGGAAGGCUUUCUGUUCUGAACCCAGAAAUGUACAAGAUGCUGAAUGGAGAGCUAAAGCAAUUAUAUACUGCUAUUACAAGAGCCAGGGUCAAUCUGUGGAUCUUUGAUGAAAACAGUGACAGGCGCGCUCCAGCAUUUCACUAUUUCAUCAAGCAAAAACUGGUUCAGGUUGUCAAAACAGAUGAUAAUAAAGUCUUGGAUGAUAGCAUGUUUGUUAAAACAUCAACUUCAGAAGAAUGGAUUGCACGAGGAGAAUAUUAUGCUAAGCACCAGUGUUGGAAGGUGGCAGCUAAAUGCUAUCAGAAGGGUGGAGCAAUUGAGAAGGAAAAGCUGGCCUUGGCGCAUGAUGCUGUGCUUAAAGUUCAGUCAAAGAAAAGCAAUCCCAGAGAAAAGCAAAUUGAAUACAUGGAACUGGCUAAAACAUACCUGGAAUGUGGUGAACCAAAUCUUGCUGUCAAAUGCCUCCUUCUUGCCAAAGAGUACAAGCUUUGUGCAGUGCUCUCUGAAAAAAUUGGAAAGGUGAAAGAGGCUGCAUGUUACUAUAGAAGAGGCCAGUGCUACAAAGAUGCAUACAGAUGUUUUGAACAGAUCCAGGAGUUUGAUCUAGCACUUAAAAUGUGUUGCCAUGAGGAACUGUAUGAAGAAGCAGCAAAAGCUGUAGAAAGAUAUGAGAAAAUACUAAGGAAGGAAGGACAGCCUACCAUAAAACUUUCAUACACAGCAAACCAGUUCUAUUUGGAAGCUGCUGCAAAGCAUUUGCGUGCCAAUGAGAUCAGUGAAAUGAUGAGGGUGCUCUCCCACCUUGACACCGAAGACCAGCUUGUGUUCUUGAAAUCGCACAAACACUUUUCUGAAGCUGCUGACCUGUUGAAGAGGGAAGGAAGAGAUGAAGAGGCUGCAAAGCUGAUGAAACAACAUGGAUUUGUAUUGGAAGCUGCAAAGCUCACUAACCGAAAGGACUUCCAAGCAUCAUGUUUGUUGGCCGCAGCCCGCCUUAGUGUAGCAGGUUUUUAUGAGCUGGAGAAUUUACAAGCCAUUUUGAAAGAAGCUGUUGAGUUGUGUGAAGAAACAAAUCAAAAAUCUGGCAGAGCCGAGGCAACCUAUCUGAUGGGUGUUUUAGAGAAAGACUUUCGAAUGUUGAAAGGCGCCUUCUAUAUGUUUUUGAAUGUGAAUCACAAUGCUGGUGCUGUGGAAGCUCUCUUCCAAGCCACCCACUGUGAAGAAAGGAGUGAGAUCAUCUUGAGAUUAGCAUCAUGUGGUAUAGAUGUCCUUCUGAAUCUGGUCAAAGCUUUCCAAAAAGCAAGCACUAAUGCUGAGAAAGAAAUGGUCAAGACCUGUUUUGAAUACUUUGGGAUUGUGCGAAUAGACAGUAAAACUUGCCAGGUCUCCCAGAAAGAAGCAGGAUGUAUUCUAGAAUUUUUGUCUGACCAUCCUAACUUGAGAGAGAAGAAAACAAGUGAUCAGUUCAUUGUAAGCCUGGAAGAAGUGAAAUCUGCACUGAAUUACCAUUUGUUGAACAGACUUGUUGCCAUUACUCACCGUUUACGUGAACUGAGUUUCCCCAAUAUUUGCAUGAAGUUCAUAGCAGGGCUGAAGUGUGAGGAGGAAGCCUGUGAAGAUUUCCAUAGUGCUUUGUCACGUCAUGAGCUAAUAUCUAUAUUUCAUUGUAAAAUGCAUCUUGCAGCAAUAAAUGCUCUAUUGUUAGAAGCCAAGCGAUUGUUCCCGAAAGAUAUGCUUUGUGAAUACAGUGUCAUUGAUGACAUGUUGACGUCUGAUAAAUAUGCAUUGUGCAAAGCCCUUAUACAUGCUGUUUUUCCUAAACAUUUUCAUCUGAGAAUGGUGUCUGAGAACCAAGUGGCAUGCAAACAGAUCCUGAGCCUUCACCCCAAUGACUGUAGAACUCUUAAUCUUUGCAAGAUGGUGCUGAGGGAGUACAUCAGGUCUGAGUUUAAAAAUGAGACUCUCCAAAACAGAAGAGAAUCGGCUGAUCUGUGGCUGAGGAUGAUGAAGAUCUUUGUCUUGACUUCCAGCUAUCCUCAAGAGUUUGAGAAGUUCCUUUUAAGAGAAGAAGAUGACUAUAACAGAGACUUAAAGUUGCUAGAAGAAAAGGGGAGAGGAAGACCCAAAUAUAUCGAGGGCAGAUAUGGCAUGCUGCUGGCUGACAAAUAUGUCGAAAGCACCCAUUUGUGUUUCAUUCGACUCUUGCAGAAUUCUCUGGACCAACUCUACAUUCAUAGAAAUCUUGAGGAAUGUAAAUCGCGGUUUUACCGUUUCAUGAAUGUUGUGGUCAAGAAAUGCAUUGAUCCCUUGAUUCCAAGCAUAGGAAACACAGUAGGGUUGCUGGAAUUCCAGUUUAUCCUCUGUUGCACUGUUCUGAUGCGCCUCUGCAAAAACAUGACUCUUUGCCUUCCCAAGAGUUACAUUUCUCUCCUCCACUACUGGGAUUUUUUAUUCGGAAAGGGAGACUUCACUUUUUCUGUUAUACAAGAGUAUAAGCCGGAAGACAUAAGGCGAGCCAUAAAGAAAUUUCAAUUUCAUCUCAUGUAUUUAGCUAAUGUUCUGUGUGGGUAUGAGAAGGAGAGCUUCAAUGUACUCUUAGAUGCUUUUGCUGAUCCUGAUUUCAUCACAUCAGGGGAAGCUGAGCGGACGGUGGUACUCUGUUUAGUGAUGUUGGUGAAUGCAGAUCAUGUGCUCAGUUGGAAAUGUAAAGAUAAUUUAGCAGAACAUUUUCCUACCAUCAAGGAAAAACUGAUAGAAAUGAAAAAAGAAUGUCCUUCCAAGGUUCCUGAAAGAUUGUUUAAGAUUGUGGAUCUGAUGAGUGAAACUUCUAGUAUUAAAGAAGUUGUUGAGGGGCUCAGAGAGCUGCUGCAUUGCCGAGAUGAAGAGUAUUUAGCUGACUGUUGUUGGAGGUGGGAUCCUAGAGGAACAAGGAGUACCAGGUAUGAAGAUAGCAAAGUGAGAGGCAUUUAUUAUAAGGCUGCAGACUUGGGCAGAUUUGCACAUCCCAAUCAGGCAGAGUAUUUUGAAGAGCCUGAAGCAGACCUUGAAAAAGACUUCUAUGUUGAAGAGAGAGAGGAUCCAUUAGCUGACAUUGCAACAAUAAGACAGCAGAAGCAAAAGCAGAAAGCCUCUGCAAAGAGGAAGUUGAGGUGUUUUUUCCUGUUUGUCCACUCUUGUGUUCGGUGGAAAAGGAUAUCAUGUUCAAAACCAGAUUCCAUGGAAAUGGCAUUGGGCAUCUUUAAAAAAGCAGACAUUGACUCAACACAAUGUGAUCUCUGUGGAGUCAAAUUUCUUCGAAGUCGUGAAAACUUCAUUACUCAGACAGAGGACUCUGAAAAAGAACCCACAGAGACAGCAACACCAGCAGCAGAGCCUGACUGGGAGGAAAGUGUGGAAAGAAAUGAAAAUGCUGCUGCUGGUGUAACUUUUGAGAAUCAUGUCAUCCUGGAUGAGCAUAAGAAUAAAUAUGCUGCUUAUCAGAGGUAUUUAGAAUUUUUCAGAGACAAGGUGGAACCAGUCAUACAUACUGGAAUGAAUAUUGUGGAAAGCAUUGGAGAAAAUGCCUUCAUCAAAGGUCACUUGGCAUCAAGUGAACAAUCUAAUCUAGAACAAAGAAAAAUUCAAGACGCAAUUAAGAUGAUUUCUGAUAUGGUAGAGGAUGUCUACAAGAGAAAAGCAUGGGCUGAUGCUGAAGAAAUCCUUUCCAAGUUGGCUAGCAGUUUAAAUUGCAAUGUAGACAAUGCUCGCAAAUGGCUGAAGACAAGAGAGUCCUACCUACAAAAGGAGGAAGAAGAGUUUGACCAUGACAAAGACUUGGACAAUGAACUACAAGGUGAAGAGGUAAUUUUUGAAGAACUCCACACCAAGAAGCUCUCAAGAAAGAAGGGGAAACGUGCAAGAAAAUAAUUUUUAAAAUGCUAACAUCUAGCCUUCCCUUAACUUGAGUUAUAUUUUAUAUUUGAAAAUGGAACACGGAAGUAUAAAAAUGCCAACCAAAAUAUCAGUUGAGGGUGAAAUAUGCCAGUAAAAGUGUUCCUGCCCCCACCCAAUAAUUUGAAUAGAAGUUUAACGUCAUAAGGGUCCUAUUUUGAGAUCAGUUUUAGGUGCUGAAUUUGAGAUACAGUGAGACAUGGUCUGGAAUUGCACAUUUGACAGAGUCUCCGGUCUCUACUGAAUUGCUAAGCAGCAGGGAGAGGGCAUGAUUUAAAGCAGAUAGAUGAGUAGUGCUUCACCCUUUGCCUCUCCACUGCAUCCUCCAUAUCCAUCUCCCUCUUGGGUUUCUGGAUAAGUGUGUCCUGCAUUAUGGGGGGAAAUACCUGCUGCUUCUCAGUUUUAAAUUGGACCUUCACCUUCUCCUGAUGUGCAGCUGUUCAGGAGAGGACCAGAUUCUUAGAUCUUCAAUGUGUAGUUCCACCUUUAAAAGCUAUACAUAUAUAUCUCAGAGAGCAGGAGAAAGAAUAACCCACUCCCCUUCAGACUUCACCCUCGCCACUUUCCAUUUUCUACUUUUAAAACAUUUUUAUAACUACCAGGGGGGCUAGGAAAAGCCACAAGAAUAAGAGAUGUUUUCUGAAAGUCUUUCAUACAAUUGUAUUCUUUAAAGACAUUCAAUAAAUAACUUCUACAAGUGAAAAGCCUCUGUGGGGCCCUGAGCCCGGCCCUUUUCCUGGAAUCUCUCAGAAGCAAACGUGGACCACAUUUGCCUUUUGUCCUCCUGAUUUGUUUGGAUAUUCUCUGUAUGUAUCAAAAAGAUAUAUCAUUUCCUCAGUUUCAUUGUGGUUUAUAUGCAUUUUUUAAAUGAAAAUUUUUAUAGAUUUGAAAUGACCAAAAAAAAAUAAAAAAUAUCUUGUAUUGUUUUAAUAUGAAAAUGAAAAAAAUUGAUAUAACCUGUUCUUCCUUUUCAAUAUAGAGAAAAAUCAUCUCCAAGCUCAAUGAGCUAUACAAUAAUAGCUGUUUCUAUGAAGUUCUCAAAGUAUUUCAUAUCAUCUCAUCUUUACAGCAAUCAUGUAAGGCUGGCUGCACUGUGCUGUGUUACUACAGGUCAAAGUAGAGGAGGGGCUGAGGUAGUGACUUACUAAAAGCUGCGUAUGCCAGGCAAUUGUGUAUAAAUACUUGAUAGCAAAGAGAUCUCUGUUUGAUGGGUGGGAGAUUGAUACCAAAGGGUAUGAAUCCUUCACCCCAUUUGUUGUGAGCCGCCCCAAGCAAUAGUGUACUGGAGGGGCAGGCAUUAAAUGCUUUAAAUAAAUAAAUAAAUUUCCCACA